UUUUAAUUCUUUUAAAAAUUCCCCGCGAAAGCACAAAUGCCCUGAAUUCCUCCUGAUAAACCCCGGCAAUUUCAGUAACGUCAAAUCUAGGGUUUUGAAUUGGUAUCCGAGCUCUGAUGGGGGAUACAAACGGAGCAUCGCUCAUUGAAAUUGGUGACCAGGAAGAAGUAGAAGAUCCAUUUCUGGCUUUCCUGGACUACGCCAGAACUGUGAUUUCACCGGAAGACGACGAAGAUGAGAAGGAAGAGAGUAAGAGGGGUCCCGGCGAAGCCAUGACUGAGGCUAGUGGUCCGGGUUGGGGCUGGGUCGCCUCGCGUAUUCUGAAAACCUGUACUGCUUAUUCUAGCGGUGUCACUGCCGCGAUUCUCUUGUCCGAUCUCUCUCAGGCAUGGCAUGAGCAAAACAAACCAGGAAUGUCAAAGAAGAAGCCGGAACUUAUAGAUCAGUUGAAGAAGGGUCACAGAAGAAGAAGACUCGCUAAUACCGUUACAAUUGACUCCAUUUAUGAGAAGAACUUUUUGUCCAUGAACAGCGUUUUGGAAGCUGUUAUUAUCAAUGCCGAUGUUCUUCCUGGUACAAACAUAUUCAUGCUUACACUAGGGGACUUUUGGAGCUCCAACACCAUUGAUCUCUAUCUACAUCGGAGGUAUUAUGAGUUGGUGGAAACACCAAAUGGGAUUCUUCGGAAAGGCAGAGAAGUUUUGAUCACUGGAUGCUACCUUCGUACCGCGAGAGAAGGAUUUGGCACUCCACGGUUACUUCCAACUGAGUAUCUUGUCGUAUUGCUAGAUGAGGACCAAGAUGAUGAUGCAAUCCUCAUAGCAGCUCAAUUUUGUUCCGAUACUUUCUCAUCUGUUUCUCUUGAUGCUUUCAACGAUGGAGCUUCUUACUCUCUGUAUGCUAGAAUUGAAUCUAUAGGUCCUCUGGAAUCUGAACUCACGUUUAGUACUGCACGUAGAAGGCAAAUUUCACUUGUAGAUGGUGAUGGCGAUAGGUUAAAAUUUAUCUUGUGGGGAGAGCAAGUCAUUGUGGCAAACCUUCUGAGUGUGGGAAGUGUGCUUGGGAUUGAGAGGCCUUAUAUUUCUAGUCUCGAAGAGAGUGCAAUGGAAGGAAAUUAUGAGUUCUGCCUUGAAUACGGUAGCGCAACACAUCUCUAUCUAGUGCCAUCAACCUUACAAGAGGAACGGGUUUGUGUAGCGUUGUCACAACAUCAGUGUCAAGGAUCUAAACUGCUUGGUUCAGUCGGAGUUUCACAGGUGACAUUGCCUCGUGAUGCCGAUGGGUCUGUAGACUUCAGUAAUUAUCCUUUUCGGACGAUGAUAACGGACAUUCGUGACAAAACGACUGGCAUCAGUCUUUAUGGGGUUGUAACAGACAUUUCAUGUGAUCCAAACGCCACAGGAGUGGUCUUUUCUUUGAAGAUCGAGGACACAACUGGAGCAAUAUGGGCUAAGCUCCAUUUUACCAAUUACUGGUCGUUGGGAAGGUUAGGGCUUGGUCAUGUCGUGUACGUGUCUGGGUUAUCCUGCAAAAUCACAAAAGAGAACUGCAUUGAGAUGUUAUGGCAUGAGAAAGACGAGAAAGCUACAUUCGUAAACCUUAGCUGCUUGCCUGCAUUUCUGACCUCUUCUUGUAUUCACCUGAUCUCCACUCUCUCCCAAAUAUCAAAACAGAGAAAACCUGCAAUAAAUAUUUGUCGGGUUAAGCUGGAUGAGAUCGACCAAUGCCAUAACAUCAACACUAGACUAGCUCAUAGCCUUUGCGGCCAUUUCAUAGAUGAAGAAUCAUCAUCAUCUUAUGGAGCGAACCUGCAUUGUAGUUUCUGCCGAGUAAGCUGCAACAGUAACACAGAAGUAGUGAGAACAUUCCACAUAACGAUAACACUUGCAGACGAGGAAACCAAACUAUACGCGUGGUGUACUGGUCAGUCUGCAUCAGCUAUACUUCAAAUAUCUCCUGAUGAAUUCUGUGACCUCCCAGAGGAUGAUCAGCUAAUGUAUCCGUCUUCAUUGGAGAACGAAUGGUUUCUAGUGAUUUUAGCAAACAGCGGUAGCCGGAAUUUGGGUUCCGGUCAUGAAACGGACGACACUUGCUGGGAAAUCACACGAGCUCUCAAGAUUUGAAGCUACCAUGAAUUUUCCUUUACUUGUCAUGAUUAGUUGAAAAAACAGACUCUGACCGUCUUUAAAAUACUAAACUAGUGGAGAGACUAUUUGAAUUAAGAACGUGAAUGUCUGUUUGUCUUUUUGGACAGUGUUGAAAAACUUGGUGGGCCCAGACCCCGCCCUUAUCUUGUCCGUUACAUUUGCCUCCGUGAAGAUAUUUUCCACCCACUGUUUUU